AAUUUAUUCCUAUUUUUAAUGUUUAUUUUUUAUCUGUAAAAAAAAGAGUGUAUAUUACAUAACUUCAGAGAUGGAAGAAGGCCUCUUUAUAUAGCUUUACACUAUGAUCACAUUUGUUCCUAAAGAUAAUAAAUUGAGUAGAUGUUACAAAAAAAAAAAAAGUAAGGAAAAAGAGCCUAAUGAAUGCAACUUAAUUGAGCCAGUUGCAAAAAUAAACAAUUGAGAUCAGAGUUUGGUUAUAAAUUCUCAGUCACGGUUAAUCUGAAACACGGGCCAAUUGUGGCAGUAUUUUGCUCAACUGAUACUGUAACAAAAAAAAAAAACGUAAAUUAAAUUAAAACAAAGAAGAAGAACAGAUGAAUACUUAAAUAAGGCCUAACCUCGGCCUAUAAAAGCCCAUUAUAUAUUAUAAACCCAAAUAAGUUACGAAGAGAUGGCACCAUUUGGCGCCUGUAUUUAUAUCUCGUACGUCAUUCCUGAUUUUGCACUAUUCUCAUCACAAGUCGCAACGCUACAUCGGAAAUGCCUAGAUAUUUCAUAAUUCCGACAGAAAUGGAGCCGACUCCUGAUGAAAUAGACGUUCAAAUGUCUCUAAGGCAUGGAGGGAAGACCACUAGUGAUGCUCUGGCAUACAUUUGGCAAGUGAAAGAUACGUUUCGUGAUCAAAGGGAAAAUUAUGAUAUGUUCCGUAUGCUUAUGUUUAAUUUUAAGGCUAAAAGGAUUGAUCAAUCUACUUUGUAUGCUCGAUUGAAGAAGUUAUUUAAGGAGCACAAAAAUUUAAUUAUCGGAUUUAACACCUUUUUGCCACUUGGAGAUAAGAUAAUUCUUGAUGGUGACGUAGAAGCCUCUACUAGCUCCACCGCAAGAGACUAUUGAAAUUUCUUGUCAUGGUUAUUACACAAAUGAUAUUAAUAUCAAAAUCUCUAAACUAUACUCUCUAUUCAAUUUUUGAUGGUUUAUUAUCAAGUACGUUUCUUUGUAAUCCAUGCAUCAGAAAACGUUUCACUACAAUAAAAUAUGACCUUUUAUAUUUUCUUUACGUACACUUAAAUUUGUUGUCAUGAUUUUAUCUUCCUUAGAUAUAUUUCUACUUCUGCUCACAUGUAUGGAUUAUUAUUAUUUAGGUGAACUACUUAUACUCACAGAGCCAAAGACCAAAAUUAAUUUUAGCAUUGGUUUAUAACAAGAAGCCUAAAUCAAAGAUUGAAAAAAGAACUAUAUUGAGAUCAUCAUUUAGUGUUAAAUACUAAAAAUCACAAAUUUUCUCCAUCUUAUCAAUGUCAGUGUUUGCUCAUUAACUGAUACAAUAACGAUACAAAACAAAAAUAAUAAAAAAGCUUCAAUGAUCAUAUUCUACAUAACUUC